UAACGGUAAUAUCGUUUAGGCCACAGUAAGGUGCGGAAAAAUAUUUUGUCUUUGGACUACCGUGGUUAUGGCGCUGCGGAGAUUGUAUUCGGUUUCUGUUGGGAAGACCCACCUGCUGCCUACUUCAUCACAUUACCCAGCUUGUAUUUUUGCUCACCAUUCUGCAUGUGAACCUGGAGCAUCAACAAACGCAUGCGACGUUCCUGUAGAUAUCAAAUUUCAAGAUCCAAGGACUGCUAAUCUUUCAAAAACCAAUAUGGAUAUCGUACGUGGCCUUUUCGUUUUUCGUCUGUGUUCCAUGCCGUUUCUGGUCAGGCACAAUAAGAAACUUAUGGAACUGGGUCGUAGGUUACUGGGAAGGAGUUUAUUUCGUUCCUUUAUGAAGAUGACAUUUUACGGCCACUUCGUUGGAGGAGAAAACAUUGAAAGCAUUAAUCAAGUCAUCGCCCGAAUUAGAAAGUUUGGUGUCAAGUCUAUACUGGACUACAGUGUAGAAAAAGACAUAGACGAAACCGAGGCGGUCGAGAGAGUCAAAGAAAGUUUGGCAGAGGUUGUCCGUGAGCCCAAAGUGCGACCAGCAGCGGCAACACGGGAGUACCAAACAAGUCUUCAAUUUGCUGAUCGAUCGCAAAAUGUGAUAGCAGCACGUACUUACUUCUAUGAAUCUGAGUAUCAGUGUGAUACAAAUAUGGAGAUUUUUCUCCGAUGUAUUGAUUACGUCACAAGCUCCACGAAGAAGGAGGGCUUUGCCGCUAUAAAAUUAACCGCACUUGGCAGGCCACAAUUAUUGCUUCAAAUGUCUGAUCUUCUCGUUCAAAUGCAAAGGCUCUUUUACCUGCUAGUUGGAUGUACCAAAACAAACAGCACAUCGGGUUAUAAUCGACCAAGUCUCGAUAUGGACAGCUUUCGGAAGCGGCUGGAGUCGCUUGGUGUCGAAAUUUCCUACGACGAAAAUGUUAAAUGGUUUACUUUACUUGACGUUUCUGGAGAUGGCGUUGUUGAUUUGUUAGACUGGAGCCACCUGAAAUCGAUCGAACAUGACUUGGCUCACAUCUUCUCAGUCAAAAAUAAACAAUUGAUGGAAUUUUAUUUUUCUUGCAAAAUGCGGACAUUUCAGAAGGAAACUCAGUGUGAGUUAUUCUAUUAUUUUACAUGA